AGGUGUCAAGUGAACCAACAAUGUUUUUUAAACCCAGUAAGGAUACUUUUGCUUUAAUUUGUAAUUUUGGGCAUAGUGACGCCUGGCCGCAUUUAUUUCCCCAGAAGUAGAGAAUCUCAGUGGUUGAGAAACUAGUGACGUCACAUUCAUCCAUAGUAUGCAAGUGUGUUUUGGGUGCAGGAAAGACCCUUGCUGUACUCCAGAGACGUUUACUUUUCGCAUCCGAAGGAGAAUUUUCAAGUUGUGUCUUUCAUCACCCCAACUUGCAUUUUCAAGCUUUUCAGAGAAACAGCAAUAGAAUUUGUUAUCGCUUACUAAAGACACCACCAACAUUUGUAUUGAAAGACGGACUCAUGAGGCAGGACAGGAUUGAUAUUCUUUCAUAGAAAAGGUGUCAAAGUGUGUCAAGGUUAAGUCCUGGGUGAGAUGGCCAUGCGGCUACAGUGCCACGGGACAGUCUUGUUGGCUGUGGCCUUUUUUUUUCUGCCUUGCAUCAUUUCCUCCCUGAACCUGGAAGAUCCAAAUGUCUGCAGCCACUGGGAGAGAUAUUCAGUGACAGUUCAAGAGUCCUAUGCCCAUCCUUUUGACCAGAUUUAUUACACCAGCUGCACAGACAUCCUCAACUGGUUCAAGUGUACCAGACACAGGGUAAGCUACCGGACUGCGUAUCGCAGAGGAGAGAAGACUAUGUAUCGUAGGAAAUCCCAGUGCUGUCCAGGCUUCUUUGAAAAUGGAGAAAUUUGUGUUCCUCAUUGUUCAGAGAGCUGUGUUCAUGGCCGUUGUGUGGCCCCCAACACCUGCCAGUGUGAGCCUGGAUGGGGGGGGUCCAAUUGCUCCAGCACUUGUGACAGUGGCCACUGGGGUCCCCACUGCAGUAACAGAUGUCAGUGCCAGAACAAAGCUCUAUGUAACCCCAUUACUGGAGCCUGUAUCUGCACUCCUGGAUACAAGGGAUGGCGUUGUGAGGAAGUGUGUGAGGUGGGCACCUAUGGUAAUGGUUGCCAGCAGAAAUGCCAGUGCCGAAAUGGGGCUAAUUGUCAACAUGUGACUGGAGAAUGCAAGUGCUCACCAGGAUACACUGGAGCUUUUUGUGAGGAUGUAUGUCCUCCGGGUAAACAUGGACAGCACUGUGAAGAGAGGUGUCCCUGCCAGAACGGCGGCAUGUGUCACCAUGUGAGUGGAGAGUGCUCUUGUCCGGCAGGAUGGAUGGGUACAGUAUGUGGACAACCAUGUCCAGAAGGAACAUUUGGUCCAAACUGUUCCCAGGAAUGCCAAUGCCACAACAAUGCCUUAUGUAGUUCAUCCACUGGACAGUGUCUCUGCAGCCCCGGAUACAUGGGAGAACGGUGUCAGGAUGAAUGUCCAGUUGGUACUUAUGGUGCUGGCUGUACAAAGAGAUGUCGCUGUAAAAACAACAGCAAAUGCUACCAUAACUAUGGAAAUUGCUUGUGUGAGCCAGGCUACACAGGCGAGUUGUGUGAUGUUCAACUGUGUCCCAAAGUAAACUAUGGCCUACUGUGUGAUAGGAAGUGUCCAUGCAAUGCCCAGAAUACGCAGAGCUGCCAUCCAAUGUCUGGGGAAUGUACAUGUUUGUCAGGUUGGUCUGGACUCUACUGCAAUGAGACGUGUACCCCAGGAUUCUAUGGAGAGUCCUGUCAGCAGGUGUGCCAGUGCCAGAAUGGUGCAGAUUGCCACAGUGUAACAGGAAAAUGUAUUUGUGCUCCAGGCUUCUUGGGUUUAGACUGUUCAGUCCCGUGCCCAGCAGGCUCUCAUGGCGUGAAUUGCUCCUCCGUAUGUAAUUGCAAAAAUGGAGCUCAGUGUUCACCUGCGGAUGGAUCCUGCUUCUGUAAACCAGGUUGGCAUGGAGUAGAUUGUUCCAUCAACUGCCCGAGCGGUACGUGGGGUCUUUGCUGUAACAUGACCUGUCUGUGUGGGAAUGAAGGCACUUGUGAUGCAGUGACUGGUCACUGUACUUGUGCUGCAGGUUGGAGAGGAAUUAAAUGUGACCUGCAAUGCCAGGAUGGUACCUACGGCCUUGACUGUAAAGAGCGCUGUGAUUGUAGUCAUGCUGACGGAUGUCAUCACGCCACUGGGUAUUGCCACUGCCUGGCUGGAUGGACUGGUAUCCACUGUGACAGCGUAUGUGCAGAGGGCCACUGGGGCCCAAACUGCUCCCUAGCCUGCAACUGUAAGAACGGGGCCUCCUGCUCUCCUGAUGAAGGGACAUGUGAGUGUGCACCAGGAUACAGAGGCAGCACCUGUCAGAGAAUAUGCUUUCCAGGUUACUUUGGUCACCGUUGCAGUCAGACGUGUCCCCAGUGUGUCCACAGUAAUGGACCAUGCCACCAUGUGAGUGGACAGUGUGACUGUCUCCCAGGCUUUAAGGGGGGACUUUGCAAUGAGGUUUGUCCCAGUGGUUACUACGGGAGGAAAUGUGCCUUGAGCUGCACUUGCACCAACAAUGGCACGUGCAACCCUAUUGAUGGCUCCUGUCAGUGUUUUCCAGGAUGGAUUGGCAGUGACUGCUCUCAGCCAUGUCCUCCUGCUCAAUGGGGACCCAACUGCAUCCACACAUGUAACUGUCACAACGGAGCCCAUUGCACAGCCUAUGAUGGCGAGUGCAAGUGCACACCAGGAUGGACCGGCCUUUACUGCACACAACGUUGUCCAUUAGGAUUUUAUGGGAAAGAUUGUUCUCAAACAUGCCAAUGCAUGAAUGGAGCAGACUGUGACCACAUCUAUGGACAAUGCACCUGCCGUACUGGCUUCAUGGGCCAACACUGUCAACAAACGUGUCCUCCUGGUUCAUAUGGUUAUGGCUGCCGGCAGGUGUGUGACUGUCUCAAUAACUCCACCUGUGAUCACAUCACUGGUACAUGCUACUGUCACAACGGCUGGAAGGGAGCCCGCUGUGACCAAGCUGGUGUUGUCGUUGACAGCCUCAACACCUUCACCAGUGCUGCGGUGAAGGUGGACACCUAUCAAAUUGGCGCCAUUGCAGGAAUUAUUGUGCUGGUCCUCCUUGUGCUCUUUCUCCUUCUCCUCUUCAUCAUCUAUAAGAAAAAGCAGAAAGGAAAAGAACCUCCAAUGCCAGUAGUGACAUACACUCCUGCCAUGAGGGUGACCACUGACUAUACCACCACAGAUGCUAAUCUACCACGUGAUGUGCACCCCAGUAACUACUUCUCCAAUCCCAGCUACCACACUUUGACCCAGUGCACUACCCCACAACAUAACUCUCCAUAUGGAAAAAACAACAUAUUUAUGAACUUGAAGAAUGUGGAAGGACGAAAGAGAUAUGCUCUUGCUGAUGCCACUGGCACAUUGCCGGCCGGCUGGAAACAAAGGGACUACUUCAAUGAACUUGGGGUUUGCGGAGUUGACAGAAGAUGCAUGGGGAAGUCUUUGCGAGACCUGGUGAAAGAAGGCAUACCAUAUCAUGGAAGCUCCAGCUCCCUGAACAGUUCUGAAAACCCCUACGCCACUAUCAAGGACCCUCCAAUACUGACAACAAAAAACACUGAAUGUGGCUAUGUGGAAAUGAAGUCACCUGCCAGACGGGAUUCACCCUACGCUGAAAUCUCUAGUAGCAGCAGUCUGACCAAUAACAAGAAUGUCUAUGAAAUUGAGCCAACUGUAAGCACUGUUCAUGGCACUGGACAAAGUAGCGACUGCAUGCAGCCAGGCCAGAACCCAUAUGAUCUACCAAAAAACAGCCACAUUCCUUGUCACUAUGAUGUACUACCAACCCGAGAAAGUCCAACGUCAGAGCCAAAGGAGCUGGAGAGUGACUGACAAGAGAGAUUCACGGGAGUAAUAAGUUUUGUACCUCCACAAGUGGAAGCAUCAAAAGUUUGCAUUCUUUCAUUUUUGUCAUAUUGUGUUUUCACGCGUUUGUUUUAUAAUAUCUGUAAACAUAGUGGGUAUACAAAACAUAAUUUUACAGUUUUUAUUUUCAACUGAAAUCAUUUUUUAAGUAAGUCAAAUGAAAUAAUUUUAUAUGUUUAAUAUGUAGCACCUCAGACUAUUUUAUAAAAUUGUGUUUCCGGCCGGACACGUCUGUCUAAUAGUUGAGAAGUUGCGGUUCACAUUCCAAAUACACAUUAUACUUUAAUUCAGUGAUUCCCAACCGCGUUGCUGUAGCUUAUAGUACUUACUGUAUGUGUCGUGAAAGCUCAUCAGCAGUACUGCAGGAAAUUUUAAAAUGUUGCAUUUGUCCAAAAAUUGUUAACUCCAAAUUUAUCACAACAGUGACACUCAUAACAAUUCAACACUUUUCUAUUAGAUUGCAGAAGUUAUCCACUUGCUACCUUUCAUACAACAGAAUAUGUAAUGACUUCCUGCAAGUAUAUUAGGUUUGUUUACUAUUAGACAGACACAGAUUUCACACUAAACUAAGUAAAUCUAGGAGUAAAUUGAGACAAGAUCAUCAUUAUUUUUGCAUGUUUUGUGAUAUUUGGUUUGUUUGUGCGAUAUGAGAUUUUUGGAAUGGAUAAAAAUGGGUACCUUGGCUCAGUAAAGGUUGGGAAACACUGACUAAAUUGAAUAAAAUAAAUUCCCACUCACGUGAAUGUGAAAGGUUGUCUAUCAGUGUAAGUCAACAUUGGUUGUGCUUCAUCACCAUCAUCAAUGUUAACAGUUUGACAUAACUAUUGUAUUUGUCCCUGUGAAAGAGGUACAAGUACUAAUAUAAUCGCUUUUGUUGGGGUGUUUGAUCAUCAACUAACAGUGCUUUUAAUUUUCUUAAAUAUUACCUGAUACAGUACUGCAUGGUGGUCAGCAGAUGGGUAGGGGAGAGGUACUUGUCUCACCAGUUGAAAUUACAAUACUCACAAUAUUAUAAGCUUUUCUCAUCU